UGCACAGUCGCAGAACGCAAAACACCUGAAAAAUGUGAGGUUAGGAUUAUUGUUUUGGCUUUUGGAUUGGAUCAUCUCAGAGAAAAUUAAUUUGUGUAUCAAUAAAAUUAAAUGUAGAAAACAUUAAAAUGUCAACAAUAAAUGUAGGAUUACAAAAACAAAGAAGUAGGAAAACGUUUUCAUGUUCAUUUGGAGACUGUCAAGAAUACUUUCCUUGUCAUUCAAAGUUUGUUCAACACUUGGAGGAAAAACAUUCCUUUCAACCAAAGGUAGAGGAAUUCCUUUUUUCUUCUGAAGAAGACUUCUCGGUCUGGAGAUCUGACUUACGAAAGAAAUACCUAGUGGAAUACAUUAAGCAAAACUCUACUAGAGUUCUCUCGGAUGGGAAAAGGAAAGCGUAUCUGAUUUGUCACCGAUUUCAAAGGUCUAAAGACCUGCUGAGAAACGCUGAAGACCGGAAACGUGCCUUGAAAUCCAAAGGAUAUAGGGGAACAACUCGGUCAUGUCCUUCAAGGAUAGAAGUUGUCUACAACCAGGACUCUUCUCUGUCAGUGACACACUGGAAGGAUCACCUUGGUCAUCUCAACGAGCUUGAUCACUGCUCUCUCGACAAAUCCACCAAGGAAAACCUUGCAAGGCGGCUACAAGAUGGUGUACCUUUCCAAGAUAUCAUAGAUGACAUGAGAUUAGACGGACUUGAUAACGAUCCUCGAGUUCUCCUCUUAGCUAAAAAGGACCUUCACAAUGUGGUUAAUAGCUACAACAUCGCUUACCAAAUGAAAAGUGGCCAGGAAAACGGAAUGAGUGUAACUCUGUCAUUUGAGGAGAUGAACCAACUUGGAGAAUAUUCACCAGUUAUAUUCUUCAAACAGCAAGGUGAUUAUCAUCCCAAACUUGACCCUGAUGAUGUUUUACUAAUUUUAAUGACAACGUUCCAAGCCAACCAAAUCUUAAAAUUUGAUAGCACAAGGAUAUUUGUCGAUGCAUUCCAAGCUUCAGGUGGUUACGAUUUCAAUUUGACCACUUUACUAACAGUUGAUGAGUUUGGUGCCUGCUACCCUGUGGCAUACUGUUUCUCCAACAAAUCAAAAGAAAACCAAAUCACAUUGUUUUUUGAAGCAAUCAAAGAAAAGGUUGGAACGGUGAGCUGUAACACUUUCAUGUAUGAUGAUACAUCAGUAUUCUAUGAUGCUUGGUGUAAAGUGAUGGGUAGUCCUGAACAUAAACUGUUGAACUCAUGGCAUUUGUUCAAAAUUUGGCGUAAGAACAUGUCAACGAUAGGAGGGGGUGAAAAGAAAAAAAUGUCGGUGUUUCAAACUCUCAAAGCUUUACUAAACUGUUCGACAGAAGAUCUGUUCCAAGAUUUAUUGACACAAACUGUAACUAAUUUGCUGAACGACCCGGAUACUGCACAGUUUGGAGAGUACUUUUUUGAGUACUAUGCUUGUCGACCAGAACAGUGGGCUCUUUGUUACCGAACCGACAUGGGGAUAAACACCAACAAGUAUUUAGAGUCUUUCCAUAGGUUAUUGAAAGAUGUGUAUGCUGAGGGGAAAAAAGCGAAAUGUGUGGACAAAAGUAUCACCGCCGUCAUGAGAAUGGCCCGUGAUAGCUUGUUCAAACGUUCUAUUAAACUUUCCAAUCGUUCAGCAUACACAAGAUUCGUUCAAAUAAACGAAUCGCACAAAGCUAGUGAAGACAUGGCUCCAUCCGCUUUCACAGUGAUUGAAGAAGGGCAGGCAUGGUCUGUUAAUUCCUCCUCCUAUGUUAUCAACAAAUGUCAGGCCAUUUGUGAGGAACCUAAUUGCUCUACUUGUCCCCUAUGCAACAUCUGUAUUCACAGUUUUAAGUGCACUUGUACUGAGAAUGUUAUCAAAAUGAAUAUUUGCAAACAUAUCCAUGCCUGUUGUAGGGUUUUUGAACUUACUAGUCCCCCUUUCUCCGUUAUUUGUGAUACAGUUGUCGAUGUAAAUUCACUCUUGAAGCCGACAGAGGUUGAGAAUGUUCAGAUCAUAGGAAGUAUUACAGAUUCAAUCUUGGAGCAGACAGAGUUCAAAAAUGUGCAGAUUAUAGGAAGUGUUUCAGAUUCAAUCUUAGAGCAGACAGAGUUCAAGAAUAUGGAGAUUAUAGGAAGUAUUUCAGAUUCACUUUUGGAGCAGACAGAGUUCAAGAGUAUGGAGAUUAUAGGAAGUAUUUCAAAUCCACUUUUGGGGCAGACUGAGGUUAAGAAUGUGCAGAUUAUAGGAAGUAUUUCAGAUUCAAUCUUAGAGCAGACAGAGUUCAAGAAUAUGGAGAUUAUAGGAAGUAUUUCAAAUCCACUUUUGGAGCAGACUGAGGUUAAGAAUGUGCAGAUUAUAGAAAGUAUUACAGAUUCAUACUUAGGGCAAACAGAGGUUAAGAAUGUGGAGUGUACAGACACAAUUGCAGAUUUACUUUUGGAGCAGAAUGAGGUUAAGAAUGUGGACAAUACAGAAACAAUUGCAGAUCUACUUUUUGAGCCAACAGAGGUUAAAAAUGUGGAGUGUACAGACACAAUUGCAGAUUUACUUUUGGAGCAGAAUGAGGUUAAAACUGUGGAGUGUACAGAAACAAUUGCAGAUUUACUUUUGGAGCAGAUAGAGGUAAAGAAUGAGGAGAGUACAGAAAGAAUCACAGAUAAAGCCAGAAUGAUUGUAGAUCUGCUGAAUAGAGUUGAACAAAACCAUAUGAACUCUGGACCUGUGGAAACUUAUCUUGAUAGUGUUAUUUCUUUGCUUGGCAAUACAUCACAUUCCAUGCAACAAACUGAUUAAAGACUGUGCAACAAGUUAGACUGCAAAGUGAACAUUCACAUAAUAAUGUGAGUCAAGUAUUACUAGAUAACAAAAAUAAUUACCUAUAAUAAUUACUAGUUAUGUAUAAUAAAUAGUUGUCUUAAAUAUACUAGAGUGAAAAAGAAGAAUACAAGACUGAGUGUUAAGCCGGUUAAAUUUUAAUC